AGAAAGGAUCCGCAAAUGGAGGUGGCAGAAAUGGUCACACUUUGAACGACAAAAGGUACAUAUAGCCAUGUCUGAAUCUCUGUAUGAGAAGUUUUUGGCCCCUGAGGAGCCUUUCCCUCUCCUCUCCCAAAGAGCCAACCUCAGUGAUGUGGGAACCCUGGAUGUCAGUGACUUUGGCUGUCAGCUCUCAUCUUGUCACAGAACAGAUCCUCUACACCGCUUCCACAGUAACAGAUGGAACCUUACUUCCUGUGGGACCAGUGUUGCCAGCUCAGAGUGCAGUGAGGAACUCUUCUCCUCUGUGUCUGUGGGGGAUCAGGACGACUGUUACUCCCUUCUUGAUGACCAGGAACUAACAUCGUUGGACUUGUUUCCAGAGGGCAGUGUUUGCAGCGACGUCUCCUCCUCUAUCAGCACCUAUUGGGAUUGGUCUGACAGCGAGUUUGAGUGGCAGUUGCCAGGAAGUGACAUUGCCAGUGGCAGUGAUGUCCUCUCUGACAUCAUCCCGAGCGUGCCGAGUUCACCCUGUUUGUUUUCCAAGAGGAAGCCCAAGCCCCACCCUCAUCGUAACCUGGAUGAAUUACCUUGGAGUGCCAUGACCAAUGAUGAACAAGUGGAGUACAUUGAGUACCUGAGUCGGAAGGUCAGCACAGAGAUGGGCCUGAGAGAGCAGCUGGACAUCAUCAAGAUCAUCGACCCGUGUGCUCAAAUCUCUCCCACUGACAGCGAGUUCAUCAUUGAGCUCAACUGUCUCACCGAUGAGAAACUCAAACAGGUGCGUAACUACAUCAGAGAGCACAGCCCCAGGCAGCGGGCCAGUAGCACCAGAGAGGGCUGGAAGAGGAGCAGUCACAGCAGCGCUAGCACCGGUGGUGUCAGUGGAGCCAGCAGCAGUAAUGCCAGCAUGGUCAGCUCCGCUAGCUCUUCCACUGGUUCCACAGCCUCCAACUCUGUAGCAGGUGGUACAGCCUCAGCCUGUAGUGGAAGCAGUGUUGCCAACAUCAGCAGAGCUCAUAGCGAUGGCAACCUCUCCAGUGCUGCAGAACGUAUACGAGACUCUAAAAAACGUUCAAAGCAGCGUAAGCUCCAGCAGAAAGCCCUCCGAAAGCGGCAGCUGAAAGAGCAGCGGCAGGCUCGUAAGGAGCGCCUGAGCGGACUAUUUCUGAACGAGGAGGUUCUGUCGCUACGGGUGACGGAGGAAGAUGACCACGGCGACGACCUGGACAUACUGAUGUGACACCAGUGAAUCAAUCAGUGCUCCCUCUAUGCCUGCUCUCUCACAACCCAGCCACUACCAUAGAGCUUAGACACUGCGCUAAUCCAGAUCACUGCACGCGUUAGCUUUGAACAGGCUAACAUGCUCAUAAUGCAUUUUGUAAAAGUAAUGUAGGGAGUAAUAGCUUCUAGUAGCCUCUAGCAUAGCUUGACAUAUUGCUUGCUUCUACUAGUGUUACAUGCUAGUGCUAAACUGCUUGUUGCUGCAAUCACUUCUAAGCUAGCUACAGUAAUAAUGGUAAAAUACUGAUAAUGCUUUGAUUAGAUACUGACCUCAGUCUAGCCUGCUUAUAACCAGUGCUAAUGCUGCAACAGCCUCGAAGCUCACAGAUACACAUAAAUGUACACUACAGAUUCAGCUUAAUACAGUUAACAAGAGGAUUGCUUAUAGAUGCUGAAACAGCAUAUAUCCACUGCUACUAAUACAGCCACCACUGGCAGAAGGACAGAUCAGGCAAGAGAAGCAGAGUUUGGCCAUAUAAUGCAGAUGCUGCAAUAACCAGGUAAUAGCAGCAAGUUUAUUUUUUCAUACCAUUAAAGGAGAAACUAUGUGCAAGUUGGCUGUAUUUUAGCUAAUAUGGUUUUCACCCAUCUGCCUACAAAUACACCCAUAUUCUUCAGGACUGUAUCUGCACUGUCCAAACUCUGUUCAUCUGUAGCUCUAGUUUCAUCUGCUGCAGGUUCAGUUACAGCAGCAAAGGUAUGCAUAAAUACUUCAAGGUAAACAGUCAGCAUGACAUGAGUGUAAAGUAUCAGCAAAGUAAGUGAAAAUAAUUGGUGGUCCUAAAACCCAUCCUCCAAAACUGACAAAUACAUCAGAGGUUCAGAGGUUCCUGAUUUGGAGACAGAAGUGAGCUGGUCUGUCUUUCUCUCUGCUGAGUGUUGUGGUUCCAUUUCACUCUUAAGGCUUAGAGGGAGCACUGAAACACUGCAUGUUUAAAUCGUCACCCACACUGAGUCCCUGUGUGGUCCAGUAACUAACAACUUGCAUCGUUAUUUGCAUACACCUGUUAAAAAUAGCUUACCUGUAUUGUAAAUAAAUGAUAAAUAACAGCUUAUUUACUGCUUGCUUUCAGAUUUUCCUGGUUGAUAAAGGUUUGAUUUAACGUUUUUUUUUUUUUUUUUUUCCUUGUGUGUGUGUGUAUAUCUGACAACAAAGUAGUGAACUAAUUUGUUGUCAUAGCUUAAAAGCUGUAAAUUGCCACAGGUUCUUUGCAAACAUUUGAGUCUUAUUUUAUGCAUUUAGUUGUGUUUUGUGUCACUUACUGUAUUUGAGUUUGGACUUUGUCUCAGAUGUCUUUUGAACUCUGACUUUGUCAAGUCCUCCUUGUUUAUUUUUUCUACAAGCACUCAGAUUUUCCAUCAUUUACUUCUAUGAACAUGUUUACCAUCAUAAGUUUAAAGCAUUUGCGCAUUGCAGUUUUACAAGAAGUUUUUACAGAUCAGUGUCUGUCCAUGUACUGCAAGGCUGGUUUGUUUUUGACGCUCAACUUGACCUGGUUUCUUGAACAUGUACAUCCAACAUUUAGCCAUUAACUCGGCUUUCAGACAUGUUCGUUUUGCUCUUUUAAAUUAUUUUAAAUCUACAACAAAGUGGGGAUUCAGCACUAACACCUCAAAAACAGCUUGAGGUGGAGUUUUUGUGGAGUUGUAGCGAUCAUGCCAUUUUCAUAUUUGCUAAAAGUAGCAACCUGAGUCUCUGUGUUUUUGUUUUUUUUUCUGUCUACUUUGUAGGAAAAACUUUUCCCGCAGCUUGUUGGGUGUAACAUGAUGAACCACUGCAGUUAUUGGCCUAACAGCCUGUCAUCUCCUUUCUGAUACUUUAUAAUGUGUACUGAGCUUUGGCUCUUGUCUCUGUCUCGUGUAUAAAGUCAUUAAUUACAGCAAUUAUGUUAAAAGCAGCUCUAUGUAUUCUGUAGUAAUGAAUUAGUAAAACUCUAUUUUGAAAAAUAAGAUAAUUUUGAAAGAAAAAAAAAUUCAAAACAAGCCACAGUGUGAUGCAACAAAGUUAUUUGUGUAAAUAAGGUACCAUGUAAUUGCUGACAAUGAAUGAUAUUGAACUGAUUAAACAUGGUUUGAAAAAGCUU